AUGAUGAAAAGUAAGAACAUCUUUGUUCGAAAUAAGAUCAUAUUUGUGAAAAGAACUGCACUGUUUAAGAUUGUAAAAAUAAGUGCAAUAAUAUUCGAAAUCAUAACGGCAAUCACACUUGUAAUGAAAAGCACAUCUGCAAAAAUACUUGUGCAUAUUGCGAAAAGCAAUGUUAAUUUGACAGAGCUGAUAAACAUCAAAUUCAUAUCUGUGUAGAUAAGAAUAAUGGGUGCAAUUAAGAAUGCUAAUUAUGCGAGAAAAAUUGCUCAGAAUAACAUCAGCAUUCUAUAAAAAGAGGAGGUAUAUAUUGUGAGAAAAAGUGCCUUAGAAUUCAUUCACAUAGUAGACAGCCUAAAGGAAACUUGUUCAAAAUAAGGAAUUUGUAAUGUAGAAUAUGAAUCCGUUUAGGUGACUUGGAAAACCAAUAUCGCUGAAUUUUAAUACAUAAAAUAUAUUCCUAAAACUGGAGGCAAAAAGAAAUGUAUGCAUCAGAUUGCCAAAGGGAAAUAUGAACAUGCUGAAGAGCAUAUUUGCAUGCGUGAUACUGAUGUCUAAUAUCACUAUUGCGAUUAAAAAUGCCCUGAAUGUUAAUCCUUCUGUGAAUUAUAAUAUGGUCAUGCAGGGUUGCAUUAUUCAAGUAAGCAUAGAAAUAAAGAUGAUUAAAAAUUUACAUAACAAUAGGGUAAAAAUAGCUAAAUCAAAGUAUUAAGUGAAGAUGGAAAAUUAGUUAAAAAUUAUGUUGUUGGAGAUGUUUCAUCUCCAGAAACUUGCAGAGAGAGUUGUAAAAGAAGAGGUAGAAGUCAUUUUCAUUUAAUUGAGUGUAAAGGUGGAGAUAGCUGUUUAGAAAAAACGCUUCAAAGAUAUGCUAGACAUUCGAAAGAAAAAUAUUAAGGUUUUGAAAAUAAGAGGUUUGAUGAGAUCUUAUGCUUUCAAUUUUGGGAAUAAAAAAUGUGGGCUCAUCCUUUACAAAACACAGAAGAUAUCGAUAAUAUAUAAGGUUGUGAUGCCUAUUGUCCAUAAUGUUUAGAAGUUAAAUAGUUCUGUUAAGAGAGAGGAUGGCACACAAAUUCAAAUAAGAUAAAAGAUCAUAAAUUUGCAUGUGCUGUAAACCAUUAGUAGGAUUUAAUUCAUGGGAUUGACGUUGCAUUUGUAAUUGAUACAACUGGGUCUAUGUCCCCAUAUAUUAAUUCUUGCAUUGAGAUAAUCAAGAAAACUAUGCAAAAAUUUGUAGAAUUUAAAGAGCAUAUUUAAGUAUGUCAAUUCGCUGUUGUUUCAUAUAAAGAUCAUAAUGUUCCAUAUAAUAUGAAUCAAUAAGUAGUCUAAGUGCAAGAUUUUGCCUCAGCGGAUGUUAUCAAUUAGUUCUUGGGAUAAUUAAAAGCUGCUGGAGGUGGUGAUUUUGCAGAAGCAUUAUUAGAUGGAUUAGAUGCAUCAAUAAGGUUAGGUUGGACUGAUAAAAAUGUGAAAGUUUUAUAUUUAAUAGCUGAUGCUCCUCCUCACGGAAAUAAUAAUAAACAGAAAAUGUAUCACAAUUUUAAAGAUGACUAUCCUGAUGGAUGUCCUUGUGGAUUAGAAUAAACUAUGAUUUUGUAAAAAAUUUAAGAUAAAAAUAUUUAAUUAAAGGUUAUAAAAUUAAACCAAAAUCUUGAGAUGAUGAUAUCAAAGUUUAAAGAGGAUUAUUCAAACCUAAUAGAAUUAACUCCUUCAAAUAUAGAAUAAAAUGAAUUCCAAAAUAUAUUGAUAAAGGAUAUCUGUAAGUAUUUGGAGCACAAUGAAAUAACCUACCAAUAUAGAUGUUGA